AUGUCAAAUUCAACGUCAUCUAAUAUUAAUGCUACUAUACGAACACGUCGUUCAAAUAAACAAUAUCGUCGUCGAAAUGAACUUUCUUAUCUUAUGAGCCAUCCAACAUUUACUAAUUUUGUUGUUUAUUUUAAAUAUUUCUUUUUCAAAUCAAAUUUUGGUAGUCUUGCAUUAAUUUUUAUGUUUCUUGGAAUAUUUCAUAUAUAUAUUUUUUGUCAUAUUGUAUGGCCAAAAAUAAUUCAUUGGUUACAUAAUUCUACAGCAACAGAAAGUAACGAAUUUUAA